AUGGACUACGACCAUUUGGACCCCGAGGGAAGCUUGAUGGACGUGCGUAGAAUAUCGAUAGUUUCUUUCAACCUUCAUCGUUUCCUUGAGAUAUUUCUUUAGUUUUCUUCCAUUAAUUGUUUACUUUUUACCCCGUAUCGUUUUCUCGAUCAUUUACAGCGGAUUCAAGCCCUGAUCCAGCCUCCUCAGUCAGAUGAGUCGGGAAAGAGGGUGAAGAAAGUUGAUAAAGAAGCUCGAAAGCAAGGCAGGUCUGUGAACAACGACAACUGCGAUAGCUGUGGCGAAGGAGGUGAUUUGCUCUGCUGUGACCGAUGUCCGUGUGCUUUUCACCUCACAUGUUGGUACGUUCCUUUAGAAUGUUAAAUAUACACGAAGAAAAAAGUUAUUAGAAUACCUGAAAUUUAAGUGCUUUUAGAGUUUGCCUUUAGCUGCUAGUGACACAGGUACCCUUUUCACUCUCCUCAUGGAAAGCCCUAAUUUCUCAAGGUUUAAUCACCCGCCCGCACUGACAGCUUCUAUGAAUUAAUUCUUUUCUUGAAGCUACGGUUGAAGCCUUGUUGGACGAGGCGCGUUUUAAUCCGCAAGGUUAUCUUUUUCUCUUUAACAGUUCGGUUCUUUUUCUCCCACCUUUUAGCCUCUGAGUGUGAAAACAUAUGAUGUUUUGUGUACUUCAUAUUUCUUCAAAUUUUACUUCACCUGUAACUAACGGAACUGUUUGAUUGAUCUCUUUUAGUGAUUUUUGUUGUGGCCUUUUUUCUCGAUGUGUUUUUUAUUUUAAUAUCAAAACUUUUGUGUUACCUUUGUCAGAUUUUUCCAAGGGAAACUGACCUUUCUUAUUAAACGAAACACUGCUUGGGAAGUCUUUUGUAAUUAUAGUCCAAAAAAGAUACCAACAUACUCUGUAUUCCAUGUUUUUAUGUAAGAAUCCUGUCUGGUUUUCUUGUAGAAAGUUGUUCAAUGUAUUCAUUGCAUGUUAGUUUUGGAUUUUGUUUAUUGUCCAAAAUAGCUGUGCUGUGCAUAAUACUUGAAUACAGUUUGGCAAAUGUGAAAACAGGAAGCUCUAAAAUAUUCUUUGUUAGUAGAGCAGUUGCACUAUGAUGUCAUUUUAUUAUAACUACCAGAAUCCUUCAGUUUAUUGUUUUCUAGUGCAAAUUAGGGCUAUUAUUGUUUAAUCUUCAGCAGGACUGACAAAUUUCUGUGCAAAAGCAAAAACCAAAUAAAUUCUGGUAGUUGUAGUCAAAUGUUGUCAUUGUAAAAUAGUCCAUUAACAGCUUGUAUAUGAAAGGGUAAAAUUUUCAUACACCCUCGUUCAUUGCUUACUUGUGGUAGGCUCUUGUACUGUUCCUUAUAAACAAAAACAUAAACACAAAGAGUUAGACUCAGAACUCGUGUGAUAAUUAAAAUACUAGUAUAGAAUGCAGGCCCACUUAUUGUUAUGAUAUCAAGAAUAAAGCAUAUGGAAGCAAAGUCACAUUCAAAGAUCUAGUCACAUAUAUGUGGAGUUUUUAUGAAUUUCUUGAAUUUGACUGUCUUCCAUCUGUUCUAACCAGUUUGGGGGUAAAAAUCUCUUGAAGCUGUAGUUUCUCAUGAUUAAUUUUUCAGUGAUCCUCCACUAGAAGAAGAUGAUAUUCCUGAUGGAGAAUGGCUUUGUAAUGAAUGUAAAGCAAAGCCUUUUCAGGUAGGUCACUGUUAUGCUAGUGUCUUUCUAUUGGAAUGAAAAUGUAGACUUUUAUUAGUGUAAUUUUUAGUGAUGUACUAGUGAGCAGCACACUUACACUUGCAGUGAACAUUUACACUUGGAAGAAGAAGAAACCAUUCUCGCCCGGGGCACGAAACCGGGCGAGCAUGGUUUCUUCUUCUUCCAAGUGUAAAUGUUCACUGCAAGUGUAAGUGUGCUGCUCACUAGUACAUCACUAAAAAUUACUUUAAUGAAACUAGCAGAAGCCACACGAGAAACUGAACAUAGAAGUGCAAUGCACUCAGCUCCCAGUACCGAAGUGUAGUACACUCUGCUGGUAUCGUAGAAUUCCCACUUCACUAACGCUAGAGCCCUGGUGGUUCACUGGUUAGAACGUCUGAUCUAGUAUGCGGAAGGUCGCGAGUUCGAUUCUCGCCUGGGGCACGAAAAUUUUCCUUGCCCCGGGCGAGCAUGGUUUCUUCUUCUUCCAAGUGUAAAUGUUCACUGCAAGUGUAAGUGUGCUGCUCACUAGUACAUCACUAAAAAUUACAUCAAUCAAUCAAUGUCAAUACGUGGGAUGGGGUUGCCCUGUUCAGCUGAGCCGGAGGCUUAUUUAUGAAACGUAUGACAGUAAAGAUACUAAGUUAUUAAUAAUACAAUACAUUCAAUAAAAAUAAUUUUAAAAGAUCAUAAAUGUAUGAAAACAAAUGAAUAUAAUAUAUCUGUGAAUGCUCAAAGCAACACCCUCCCGGAUCCCCCUGACAGUUUAAAUGUUAGUGAAAAGGGGGGCUCAUGCAGCGUUGUCACUAAGAUUUCAAGUUGCCGGGUAAAUACAACAAGGGCAUCACACUCAUAAUAACCGGGGGAAAUCCCCGGCCCCCAGCUCUUAAUGACAGCCCUGCUGGUGGCAACAGUUUGCCCAAAUCAAGCAAUUUUUUAAAAUUUUCAUCCUCACCAUGAAGAGAUGUAUGUUUUUAAUUCAGGAUGGAGAAAGCAAAGGCGGUGACCAAAGUGGUGUUGGGAAUGACUGUGAGGACCGUACAAGAGCAAACACAAAAGAAAAUGACAAUUCAAAACCAGAAUCUCCAUUUUCAACCCUUGUAAAAAUGACAACAGGGAAAAACCCAACAACAUUUUCCCUUCCUCCUGAGCUUCAAUGCAACACUUACUUUCCAGGUACAUUUUAAUGUAUAAUAGUUGUUUUUUAACAACUAGACCUAAAACUUUUUCUGAGUAAAGUAGAUCGAUAAUUGUAUUUAGUUUGCAAUUCCAUUACAUUUUUACGCUGCACAAAAGAAGUAAAAAAUAACGUGGAUAAAAUCGAGUGGUGUUUCAGUGUCAUCAUGACACCAUUUCAAGUUCAAUAACAUAGAAACAACAUUCGAUUUUAUCAGCAUUAUUUUUUACUUUUUUGUGUUACAAAGCAUUUACUUAUUAGGUUUUUUUGUUGUUUUGAAAUAUUAAGGCCCAGUUCAGACGCCGAUCUUUUUAUGAGCUGAACCUAAUACAUUGAAUUAAGUGCAAGAAAAGUUCGGCAUCUGAAGCAAUUAAGAACACCUAUUUAAAUUUGGAUUGGCUUAGCCGUUCUUCACACCUUGCCUGGCUGGGAAUUUCAACUGUGGAACGACUUUGGAAUGGCUUUGUUUCAGACACUGAACUUUUCAUGUACCGAACCUAAUGUGUAAAUUAUUAUAUUGUAUUUUGCACACAGUUUGACCAAAAUUAGCAUUUUUCUCCUUUUGAAUUUACUUUGGCUGGAAUUAAUUAACAUCAGCAUCUGAUUCAUUUCAGCUAGUCUUAAUAGUUUGGGUUGGCCUUAAUUUGAAUUAGGUUCGGCUCAUGAGAAGUGCUGCAUCUGAACCGGGCCUAAGUGAUUCUGUUGAAUAUACUUGGGUAGUAAAAUGCGAAAUCCCUAUAAUUUAGUGAUCACAAUGGAAGUUUUUUUUCUUUGGCAGGUGACAGGAAAAGGAAAAACAGCACAGAGGAAAAGGCAGUUCCCGUGAAAAAUGGAAAAAGGUAAAUUUAUGUAAUGUCAAGAUUUCAGCAAAUUGAAACAUAUAGUGGCCUUUUAAAGCUGUUCUGUAAUCUUUGUUUGAAGACAAAAUCACAGAUACUAACAUUGAUUUUGCUUGUCUGCAGAAAUGGUGAUGAGGAAGGGUCUAGUUUUCCACUCGGACGACUUUGUUUUGCCUGUAGCAGGUAAGGCCUAUAAAGCACAAAAAUUUCCCAACUCUACAAUAUAGUUGUUGAGUUUUUGAUUUGUUCAUUAAAAUACUGUUUUUUUUUCUUGCCAUUGUUUCCUAAGCUCCCUAAGGUUUCCUUAUGGGAAGCACAUUUUUUGGUUGCUGUUAGGUGACCAUAUAGUAUCCAGUAAUGGUGCAUGUAAGAGUAUGAAAAGCUUUAGUUGCACGAUAUUGAUGAAUGUUUGUUUGAUGUAUUGUAGGAGUGAACUUGUUGGCCAGCUUGUUCACUGUGAUUUUUGUCCCCUGGCAUUUCACAUGGAUUGUCUUAAUCCUCCCCUUACCACUGUGCCCAGUGGUAUGUGGAUGUGUCCCAACCAUGCUGAGCAUGCUGAGGUAGGUGGUUUAUUUACUUAGCAUACCAAGAUAUUUAUUAGAUUACAUACUAUGGUUUUUAUUAAAUUUUUAGCAUUUCCAAUGUGGUAUGUUUUCAAGGGCAGUGUUUACAUGUAUUGCAAAAUCACAUUUCUUAAAUCACUGACAACAAUAACAAUAAAUCAUUUGUAAAUAUUAUGUCAAACACAUGGAUGUUUUAGGUUUUGAUGUCUUGCCUUUUUGUCUAACUGUUUGGAUGGUAUAGAUUACUUAGUCAUACCGAGUUUUAUCUUUUAAUUCUCAAGCAAAUGCCACAUAUGUAAGGGCGGCUUUUAUGAUUCGGUUUUCUACCAUCUGUGGUGUUAAAUUGACAGUGGUGUGUAUUUGAGCGUGGCAUUUAAUCAAGUUAACAACCUUGUGAACAGGACCGUGUCAAUGUUUAUAUAUGUUACAGUUCAAAAUUAAAUUCAGGUUAAAACUUUUUAACCCAGGUUGAUUCUCAAUUUCCUUCAUCUCCUUGCCCUGAUUCAUGAAUUCUCCGGGGAAGGAGACAAAGCAAAGUGAUAAUCAACCGAGGUCAAAUAAUUUUAACCUGAAUUUAAUUUUGACCUGUUACAUAUACAUGUGUUUAAAAAGGGUUGUUGACACGAAUUAAUGUUUUGUUUUCUUUAGCCUGGUCUGCGAGAUCCUCGCUUCAGUAAGAGAUUGCAAGCUUAUAAUGAUUUAAGGAGCAAUAUAUCACAACACACAAUAAAGAUGAAUUUUCUUGAGCGAGUGCACAGGUAGUUAUUGUGGAAAUUUCAGUUGUAAGUAUAUUCACUAUAUAAGCAACAGAACUUUUAUAUUGAUUUUGUUUACUGUUAUUACAUCUUAUUGUCUGCAACAGAUUAAAGAGGCAUCCUUCUUUUAAAAGAAAAGCAUUCUUACCUACAAGAAGGAGAGCAACCUUGGUAUGUUUCCCAUUUCUUGGGAAUUUUAUGUGACAUAUGAAGUAGAAAGACAGUACAUGUGCAUCUGUUAAUAAAUUCGUUGGUAACGUGAAAAGUAAACUUUAUGGGCAAUGUUGUUUGUCACAGGUUCCGCAAGCCAUCAAAGACCAUUACAACUGUCCCCCAUACCAACUGCUUCCAGAACACAUCAAGAAAAUGCAAGAACCUCUUCCUCUGCAUUCACUUCCUCUAAAUACUCCCACCUCUGAAGAACAAGAAGAGGUGAGACUUAAAAAAUAAUUCUUUUGAAAAAAAAGUUAAUGCUUUUCUGGACUUGUGUUUUAAGGCUGUGCUCCAAUGAAAAUUGAAGGGAACCCAGUGCUCUGAACCUGUAUAUGAUUUGCUCAGCGUAUUAGUUGUAUAAAAAAACUAAGAUUAAGGCGUCACUGGGGAGCAAAAGUUGGGCGCCAGGGUCUACCAGGCUCUGCUAGAGCACAGUUCUGUGUUUAAAAACUUGGUUUGUCUAAGGGUUUCUAUCAAUCUCUUUUUGUUUUAAAGAUGGAUCAAACAACCAAGUGUUUGGUUAGAAAAGGAGACGCAGCUUAGAUUUUUAGAUGGCUGCAAGUUGUUUUCAAUACAGUGGAACCCGGUUAAUACAGACACCAACGGGACAUGCCAUAGCAUUGAAAUGAGCUUUUUUUCAUUGGGAUAAAUGAAACUGCACAUUAUAUAUGGGUGUCUGUAUUAAGCAGGUGUCCAUAGAGUGGGGUUCAACUGUAAUAAACAGUGACCUUGAGCAGCAGAUCCAUAAGGGCAUGAACAGUGGCGAGCCAAAGUUGAGCCAUUGUAAAUCCCACAGGGUUCUGACAUGUUUGUUUCAUCAUCAUCAUCAUCCAUCAGCUGCAGAGCAGUUGACCUCAAGUUUCCUUUAUCAAUGGCAAUCUUGAGCCAUAUCCAACCACUGAUUGUCUUUUGGCAAGCUAUCAGGAUCCCUCAGAAGACAAUGAAUAUAAUUGGUGAACAAGGUUCGCUGUCUACUGGGUUUCCUCCUCCCAUUAGUAGGAACAUACAUUGCAAAUUCUCUGAUGAGCUCAUUUUCUGGCAAGUAGGCACAUGACCAAGGAAACGUAAUUGCCAAAGCCUGACUCUUUCAAUAAGGGGAGCUCUUUGUUUACAAGUAACCUGAAACUCAGAUUGAUUUCCUCUUUGUACAGGGUCUUCAUUAGGCAUCGGAGAUCGGAAAGUUCUACUUUAACUAAGCAAAUGUAAAUGUUCGGUAACCUAUGACUAUUUUUUAUUCAGAGAUGGAGCCUCCUUUAAAAUAUUCUCCUGUAAUUUUAAACCUUCCUCCUGCAACUAGAUUAAUAGUGAAAAUCCUGUUUGUAUUUUAGUGGCUAAAAUGUGUGAUCAGCCUUCAGUGUGGGAUUGCUAAGCAUCUGACUCAACCAUCUAGCAACAAAAGUUUGAUUUCAAACCACAUUGACACUUCAUCUGUCAAAGGGGAAACAGCAAACUCUACAAAUACUUCCACACCUGUUCAAGCUGGAAGUAAUGGAGCAGUAAAGGAACCAGUUGUGAAUGGUUUGUCAUCCAAGUCAGACUUAAACAAUCACAGUUCAACAUCACCUUCCAGUAGUGGUGUUCCUAAUGCUUGCAUCAGUAGAGUUGUUACAACUACUAUCACUACCACUAGUGGUGGGAAAACCAUAACUAAACCACUGACAAUUUUGUAUGCAUCACCGUCUAAGUUGCAAACUCACAUGAAUGGACCUCUUACGGCAAAGUCAGUCAAUUCUGGUAAUCCGGUCAGUAUGUGUACAGUGUCUUCAACGCAUCUACCUUCUCAGGUUCUGGUGAAGCAGGAACCAAAAUCUGUUGAAAAGCCUGUUGCUUGUAAUGACUUGAAUCAACUGAGUGCUGAAUGCAAACAGCUCUCUAAUGACACGGCAAAGUUAAUCAAUGAUAUUGGCCAUUUGAACAAUGUCAAGCCAAAAAUUACAGUGGAGGGUGUAAAAACAGUGGCUGUUCCUACACCAAGUACGAGCUCUGUAGUGAAUACAACUGUUAGUGCAGCAAGUAGAACUAUUUCAACUGUUACAGCUGCUGGUAGUCCAGGAAGCUCCAAUGGUACGAAAGCUGCUUCAGCGGCUCCAACAAAACUCAUUGUUCUAACAAGCACAAACAGUGGGAACAUAAUUAAGACAAUUGCUACUGCAGGAUUGAAUGCAGCAGGCUCUAGUCAAAUCCCUGGUGGUAGUAUAGUAACAUUAGGUGCAGCAGGAAAUGGAACAAGUGUAAAUCCUGUAAAACUUGGGACAGUUAAUGCUGCCACACCCGCAUCUAUAGGCUCAAGUCCUAAUAAGGUUAACCAGGCAGCAGCUGCUACUUCCAUGGCAACUGCUAAUGCCAUAAACAGCAUCUGUGCUGCAGCUGGAGUUGAUGCUUUUAAUGGUAAGUGGAGUCACUUGUCAUAUCUGGGAUUUUUGUGUCAUUUACUAGUGCUUGGUUUUGUUUUGAAACUCUCAGUCUCAAAGCAAACACAGAGAAGAAGUGUGAUUUCACAUUACCACGGUUGCAAAAUUUCUGGAUCACAACAAUAUAAAGCUUAAGCAAUGACUAUGGCGAAGGUAAUGAGAAUGGCGAAAAAGAAAUUAGGUUUAGAUCAGCGAUACAACAACUUUGCACGUACAUCAUGCCUUUUUGUACAUUUUCAGCCAUCAUUGCAUGACUGCAGCAUGAAACUUCCUAUUUUGACGCACUUGCUUUAUGGAGUAGGUGAACACAGCACAAAAAUUUUCUUUUUCUGCACUUAGAUAUGGUCCUUUCAGAUUCAACACCAGAAAUUGUGUGAUAAAUAAAGAAAGAUGGUAAAUUUUAAGCUUGGUGAAGAAAUGAGAAGUAAUGUGAUCAACAUGUCACAAGCAUGUGACAAGGAAAAAAUCUGAGUCCCAGACAGGAAUGGAACCUAUGACUUUCCGUACUCGACUCAAAUGCUCUAACCACUGAGCUACCAAGGACUCCCCUUUGUAGCUCAGUGGAUAAAGCAUCAGACCGGUUUACAGAAGGUCAUAGGGUCAAUUCCUGUCGGGGACUCAUAUUUUUUCUUUGUCCGGUGCCCGUGACUUGUUGAUCACAUUAUUUCUCAAAAUGAAAUUGAUUAAGAUAGAUGAAGUUUGAAGCAGUGCAAAUUCACUUUUUAAUGACAUUUUUGUUUUGUCGUCAUCCAGAAAUUUUGCUGCCAUGGCAACAUGACGUACACUGCAAUGACUUCUCCUCUCUAUUUACAUCCCUCUUAUGGGUAAAAUCUGUCCUCAGAAUAAACCAGUAUUCAACUUAUUUUGAUUCUGAAUAUCCUUUGUUUCCAAGCCCUUAAUCAGUCAUAAGAGAAAAAGAAAAUCCUGAUUUAAUCUAAAAAGUAACUCAUUUUACGUACGAAGUACCCACCAUUGGACGAAAGUGUCUAAAAAAUGAGUGAUGCCCACUAAAGGGAUAGUCUACUUCAAAAUCACUAAAAUGCAAAAAUCAGAGAAAAAACUUUUUGGAGAAUGAAUAGGUUGGACACCCCACCCACCUUUCUUGUAUGAUAAAGUGCACACUCUUGUAUUCACAUGGAAAUAACAAAUUCUGGCAAAAGUUAAGGCAGCUUUCAACAAGUUCCUACAAGAUAUGAAAAUAAUCCCCUUGGUUGCUGGUGAUAUUAUUCUCAUACCACCGGGCCAAUCAGUCAAGUAAUAAGAUAUAUAUUUUUAUCAAGAUAAAUGGUUUCUGUGUUUGUAAUUGUUGGCAAUUUUUUCAUCAACAGAGUUGGCAAAGUUGGACCCUCGUCUCAUUCAAGUGUUGGCAUACCAGAGACUUCAGCAGCUUCUCACACAGACCAAGGUAAGGAAGCCCAAUGAAUUAAUCACAAGGCAAACAAAGUACAAAACAUUCAGCUGGUUGAACUCCUUUUUGUUGUUGUUAUUAUUAUUAUUAUUAUUAUUAUUAUUAUUAUUAUUAUUAUUAUUCAUUCUUACAUGUAGAUAUUAUUAAAGGGUGGUCUCAAAAUUGCUACAGAUACCUUACUCCAAGUGGUAUGUACCACUAUCAGCAUUCUUUACCAAAACUUGUUGACUUUUUGUUAUAUAUCCUCAACUGAGCGAUGAAAAACUUGCACAAGGUAGUAAAAUUUUGUAGAGUCUAGAAAUCCUUGAACAACAUGAGUCACACUUAGUUUCCUUUGAACUUGGGUGUGUUGGGAGAGCUGAAGUUUGUUUUCUUGAACUAACUGAAGACGUUUUUUUCUUGAAUUUCUAAAGCCUGUUCCUCCCAGUCCUGUGGCAGCUAGAAAAAUUUCUUUCAAUGGCUUAAAGGAGACAAUAGUUCUUCCUCAACAAGCUGGUAAGUUACUGGAAUUGUUUUUGUUGUUAUUGUUUUCUUAUUUUUGUUAACACCUGUAGCUUGAGGUUUUAGAUAUUCCAGUGAAGGAUGUAAUAUUAAAUGUUACAAACAUUAAUUUUUUGUGGAGGAACUUUUAAAUACCAGUAGUUCUCCAAGUUUUUGGCAUCUUUUGUUAUGAACCAUUAGCAAAUGGUUAAUGAUUAUUGUUGCUUUGUAGAAAUAAAUAUUUUGGUUCCUGGGGGUGUAAAAGAAAUUCUUAAGGUGUUAUGAAUCCCCUUUAGCCUUCUUAGCAGAGACAAAGGCUAGUACUCAAGUUGCAUUCAUAAGCCAAUGUUUUUUUGUACUUCUUAUGAGUGUAUGUUUAUGAAUGUGAUAAUAAUAAUAAAUAAUAAUAAUUGAUGUAUUGUGUAAUUAUCAAUGUAAUUAUUUUCAGUUGUGCAUUACAAUGAAAAAAAAAGCUAAAUAAAUAGACUAGCUUUGAUAGGCACUUAACAGCUAGCCAUUCAUGUGGUACAAAACUGCCAUGCCGGAGAGGAAAAGUCACAUUAGGACAAGACAAACAAAAGAAAUAACCUUUUCAAAUUAUGUAUGCCUUUUGUUUGUCUUGUCCCAAUGGGCCUUUUGCUCUCCAGCAUGUUGGUUUUGUACCAUGUGAAUGGCUACCUGUAAAGGUCCUAUUGGACAUUACAGUGGUAAAAAGCUAAAAAUUAAAAAAAUAAAAUUGACUGGCUGUAAAAAAAAUGUAGUUAAGUGACUUGCAUGUUACCUACAUGAUUCACUCUCCUUUACAGUUCCAGCAGGUAGAUCCAUAGCAGUGUUGUGUCCACUGACUGGGACAGGCCCUGUAUGUCCUAUGAUUCACAAGUGUCUCUCCCUUGGACAAGGUGAUAACUUCAAUUUCUUUUAACUAAACCCAGCAAACAUUUUUAUUUCAUUUCAUCAAUCUUUUUUUGGCUUCAAUAGCUUUUGCAGUAAGUAAAUUGCUGUCAAGUAUUUAUGUUGUCCUAGAAAGUAGACUGAAGUUUGACCUUAUUUUUUAUUGUAAAAGAGGAUUGACACUUUUCUGUCGGUAGGAAUCUCAGUAGUGAACUGAUUGGUAGUAUUAAAGUAGGUUGAGUAUGUACGUAUGUAUUAGUUUCAUAAUGUUAACCUGUUGAUGAUAGUGUUUGUUGGAUCAAUUUAUUGUUUUAUUUUCUUAAAUUUUGGUAGGUCCAGACAUGGAUGUUUGUCUUCAGGAAUAUGGUCACUGUAACUUCAUUUCAGAAAAACACUGUUCUAUAUUCUAUGAUGAGGUAUAAAGCUUCCUUGGACAAUAAUAUUUUUGUUGAAAUACUAAGAGUUUGGGGAGAUUAAGUAACUACAAUGGUGAUGGCAAUGAGAACCUCACUUAAAAAUUGCAUUUGUGCUGCUUCAAACUGUAUUGCACUUAUUCCAUCUUGUUCAAUCUUAAGACUAUGAAAAUUCAGGAAAAAAAAAAAAAGAAAGUUGUUGUUGUGAAAUUAGGCUUUUUUGUGUCAUAGUCGUGCAGUGAUGGCAAAGAAAUUUACAAAAAAGCAUGAUGCACUUGCAAAGUUGUUGUUUCACCAAUCUAAACCUAUUGGUUUUUUGACAUUCUCGUUGCGUCACCAUCGUCUUUGCUUAAGCUCCCCUUUGUUGUAAGCAGUGAUGGUGCACACACUAAUAACUCUCUAACUUAUGAUAUUUUUUCCCCUGACAGACAUCAAAACAAUAUGAACUCAUAAACUACAGUGAACAUGGAACAUACGUGGACAAUGUUUUGUACUCAUGUGACUUUUCAGACAAAAUUAACAGACACGUUGUCUCAUCAAAGGAUCUUGACCCAUCAAAAGUCAGCAAAAAUAAAUUGCUGGCUGCUGCUCAAGUCAGACAAAACUCCAAGCCUAAAGGAUCACGGAGAACUGUUGGUCUCGGAGUGCAAAAAAUUGUGAAAGCUUGUAACUGUACAACAAGCAGUUCAAACUUGAUUGGUGGCAGUGGGGCAGGCUGGGAAGGCACAGCACUGUUGCAUCAUGGGAGUUAUAUAAAACUGGGAUGUGCACAGUUUGUGUUUAGUAUAACAAGUCAUGCAACUAAGCUACCAUCAAGUGCGAAGACAAGUACUAGCUGUGCAAAUGAGAAAAAGCCUGUGGUCUCAUAGUCAGUGUUAGUCCUACAGUUAAAGAAUAGUAUUGUUGUAUUCGAAAACUUCAGCUUUUGAAGGUGAAGAAUUUUAAUGAAAAAUGAAAGAGCUUCAGAACAAGUUAAAUUGCACCUUUUAUCUUGAUUUUUGCCACAGUGACUGUGAUUUUAACAAAUUAUAUUCUGGUUUCUGUAAGAAUCGGGAGGAAUUCAAGGGUGCUAUAGACCCAUCAUAAAAACUAAAUAUUGAUUUGUCUUUCUUCCUCCCACAAUCUGUCACUAGCAAUCAGGGAGAGGUGAUUAAAAUAUGUCAGUUCAAUGUUAACGUUAAAUUUGGUAUCUGGCAACUGUUCUUUAUGAUAAAGAGAGGUUGAACAUGAAUAACAUCACCAACUAAAUUCUCUGCCACACAGCACUGGGAUGACCAAUUUGUGAACUCAAAACUUUCUUUGGUUGUCAGUUAUGUGAAGCCCGAAGAGUUGGUUGGAAGUUAUAAAGUAUGUAGGGUUUUGCAAAGGUUAUAGGAGGACUCCAUGUAAGAGGCACAAAAAUGGCCAGUAUUUUUAUAUUGUAUAGGUAUGUAUGUAUCAGAAAGGAAGUGUAUAUGAGAUUUUAUGUGACUGAUGUCCAACCUUUUUGAAAAAGUGUAUGUAAUUUUAUUCUUGUAUCAUUCUAUUUAAGACAGGGAUGGACAAAAUAUUUAUUACUUGUACAGUUAAUGUCCAUUGUUGUCUUACAAUUCACAAAAGCUUUUGUGAUGGCAAAGGUGGUUAAACUUUUAACUAAUAAUAUUCUAAGUUACACAAAUGUAUUGUAAUUAAAGUAGUUAAAGUUGGUUUGUUUAGUUAGCUGAUGAUUGAGAGUUGCAUGCAGUAUAUAAGUGCACAAAGUUCCACUUAUGUCAUUCACAAUAGAGGAGAUGAAACCCUACCCUGGCAUAAUAUACCUAUUCAGAUUACCAUUCUCUUUGCAGUUGUUGUCAUUGUCUUUCUUAUGGUAAAGUGAAAAAGAAAACAAUCAAAGAAAACAAUCAUUGUACAGUGCACAAGGACAUGAGAAAUUUCUGUUAUUACACUGAAGCUUAUUGAGUUUUGUAAGGACUGAUGUUUAGUUUAUUCUUUUGUUCUGUAUAUUAUUUUUUUUACUCCGAAAUCCCUUAAUUAUUUAUCUAGUGAUUCUAAAAUAACAAAACAAACUGUCCGUUGUAAUGAGGUGUCCGUAUUAAGUGGGUGUUCUUAAAGCACGGUUUGACUGUAGUUAUAAAAAUUAUCCCCAUAUCCCUGAUCCUUGCAAAGCCUUUCCCGCAAACCCCACUUCUUAAAACACCCAGGGCACUGGGUCCCCAUGGGUGCUCCAAAACAAGGCUAGAGUAUGUGCUUUCGUACUAACCUCAUUCCUGGGGUCAGGCGAGACCCUGAGAAUAAGCUUGCCAUUUAACUGAGGGGUGAUUUUGGGUUCAUUAUUGAGUAUGUAAACAUAGAAGCAGGUGGCAGUGUACGAGAUGACAUCAGAGGUGAUAUGGCAUGGAUUCAAAUUUGGAGACCUGGCAACACUAGCCCAUGUGCAGUUGACCCCUCCCCUAAAAAAAAUCGGAGAGAGAGAGAGAAUUUCCUUCCGAUUUCUUUAAGGGGAAGGGUCAUCCGAGCACAGGCUAGGCAACACAAACCCACCUAUCCUGCAGUGCAGGCGUUUUCUUUGAGCGCGAAAUUUGCUCGCGAAAGUGCCAUGUUGAAACUUCCCGAAGAGAGGAAGAGAUGGGGCGAGUAAGGGUUACUAUUUCUACUCUCCCCAAUCUUCCACUGUCAUAAAAUCAAAGAUGGCGGCUACAACAAUAUUACGAACACGAACAAGGUUUCCCCCACCCAAAAUACACCUGCACUGCAGGCUAAAACCCACCCAAAAACAGACUUCCUGAAAGUCCCUCUUCCUCUCUUCUUUGAAACGUAGGCUAUGUUCACACUAUUAGCGCCAACCUGAAAAGGUAUCCAGUAAAGUAUGAACACCUAUCCACCCCUUUGGAGAUCAGCUCAGUGUAGCUUCUCUCAGUUACAGAAAUCGAGCCAAAAUCACCGUUAUUGUGUGUGAACAGACGCCCCGUCCAAUAUGUUUUUCGUGCCAGUGCAAAAGCUAUCCAGCAUAGCAUGAACAUUUACGCAUAAGAGAUCUUGGCUCACUCAAGGAAUCAAUUACAUAAAUAAUUACUGGUAAAUGGACAAAUCCAUCAGAGUAUGAUCAAACCUCUACGUGCAACCAACUCUCGCAAGUGACCACCUAUUAAAAACACCAAAAUUUUCCCAAUCUAAGACCUCUGAUAAAAGACCAUCUUUCAUAAGCGACCACGACCCCUCUUUGGCCUGAAGGUUUGAUAAUCGUUGUAAGCGACCAUCUGAUGCAUGGUGUGGUCUAUUUGUGCACAGUCCUCCUGGUUCCAUUUUGGUAAGCAACCAACUCCCAUAUGCAACCACUAACUCUUUGCAUUUUGUGUGGUCACAUAUCAGAGGUUCAUCUGUUGUCAUGCCUUCAAACAUGAUGCACCCAACGUCAAUUAACUCAAAAUUUUAGGAAAGGGCUACCAUUAAAUCAAUGGUUUGUCACUAAUGUUUCAGAUUUGUGACAAAAUGAUAUAGACUAUUGACUGAAGGGAAAAUUGGAUAAGUGACAAAUGACUUCUAAUUCAAGAAAGUUUCAAAUUUUUAUUGGGUUUAAUCUUGUCUAUGAAUAAGAUGUAAGCCCGUGUAGGACAUUCAGUCAUUAUCAUUUCAACAAUACAAAAUUCCAUUCAUGCUACUUCAAAUACCUAUCAGCCACUUCUUUCAAAGCUAUUACUCUAAAGUAAUGUUCGGACUUCAUUUAACUAAUUUGCGAACCAUGACAGAGACCUGAUGGGUUGAUAUCGUUCCAAAUAAGAUAUAUAUUUUACAAAAAGUGUUGGCUUUGAUAAUGAUCACAAUGAUCAGCCUUUGAGAAUCCUGUUUCAAAUGAACAAUUCUUUCCAUAUUUUUUCUACCUAGCUGGAUUGAAAACAACCACUUCCCUUAUAAAAUAACCCUUUAACUUCCCAGAACAACUUGUUUUAAAAUGUCCUUGAAAUCCUAUCAAAUUAAGCUUGUUGUUAGAAACACAAAAUUAGUCAGCUAAAGCAGUCUACAUAAAUAGAACCAUUACAAUUCUCAUGUAGAAGGAGGAUUAUACAAAAUACAAUGAUAGUAUGAAAAAUAACUGACAGCAAUCUAAUAAUCCUAUUCUGGUUGUUGAACAUGGGUAAUUUAUAGGGUUGAGCAUGAUAAGAUGUUUAUCUUUACAUGUUUUCUAUGAAUGUUUCUGUACAUAAUACUAAUAUUAGUACAUUGUAAUUUUUACAAUGGUUGUGCUUAAAAUUGCUAUCCAUCAUACGCAUAAUCUGCUUUGUUAUGCAUGAUGAGUUUGCCCUCUACAAAGUAAAAGCUAUCCGACUUUGUCUCAAAUGGAUGAUCAAUCAUUUCUUGCACUGUGAAAACAAAGAAAAGAGAAAGAGUUUACAUGUCAAAUAAUCCUCUUAACUGUGCAUCAGUCUAAAAAGCACAAAGUGGCCAUUUCCUGAUCCUUUUUUUCAAGAGGUACAGAUUACAACAGAGCUGAGGCCUGUUAAAGGAAAAAUUCUGACGAGCGACAUGACCUUAAAACAGCCACAUAAGUGUAGAUGAAAUGGCAGCAAACGACAAAAAGAUGGGUCAAAUACCGACAGGGACAUGGCCUACUCCUCAAAAUGCAAAACAACUGUAUUUGAAAUUCAGACUAGGGACGUACGUUUUCCCCCUAAGAGAGUCUUGGAGCUGUCACUAACAUUUCAAGUUGCCAGGUACAUUAAAUUAGUACGUGGGGGAUUUGAACAGCUGAAAAGGCCUUUUGGUUCUAUUUUCCUGUUUCUUUCCUAUAAAAAUAGCCAGGGGGAAAAAACCCCGCCCCCCGGCCCUCAAUCAUCCAUUAAGUACUGCAGACACCCUGGAACCAUGAGGUUGAGUCCUUUAUGGUUAUAGUCCGUAAUAAUGGGAGUUUAUUUUAGGCCUCUAAAUUCUCAUACAACUUCUCCAAACUGUUCUUCCUUUGAAGAACAAGUUAGCGAAUUUCCUGAAAGAUUCAAAUUUUACAACCUACUGGAAUCAUGCAAACUGGAUGGCGAUUAUUAUGCAAUUAUGAUUCGGACAAUUUAAAUUUUUUCCUGAAUAACGUAUUUGUUAAUGUCAUCAUAAACUUAGAUUACUACUAAACUGUACAUCACAAUGUUGUGCAUUAACGUUAAAGUGACUUCCCUUAAAUAGCUUUUGGUUCAAUAUACCAACAUCAAAGUGUAACGUUUCAAAAUAAACAAAUAAAGGAUAUGAUCUACCUUCCCACAAAAAGAUUAAUCUUGCGUUAAAAGCUGUCAAGGAAAAAUUGUUUUGGAGAAACAAGAGUACUACAAGACAAUGCCACGCUAAACAAUAUCAACUCACUAAAAUUAAAAUCGGAACAUUUUAUAUAAAACGAUCAAUUCAAAUAUUUAAUUCCAGACAAGUGAUUUAAGUUGUUGGAGCGUACGGGUAAAAAGAGUGACAUUAUAAGAUAACACAUUUAACACAAGUAGAAUUGAAUACUUACUUUCAUCGAUAUCUAAAGCAGGAAAUUCGUAGAUAUGCUCACACGUGUUCUUGCUGUUUGGUAUACAAAAUCCAAAGUUAAAAUCGAAGUUUUUUAACAGGCGGUCUCUAAAAUAGUGACGUUCUAUCAUUCGAAAAUUGUUGACAGGUUUGUCUCCCACAGUGAAUUCGACUCUGAAAAUAAGAUAAAAAAAAAAACGAUAUUAGAAUAUCGGUAACAUAAAAUAAGGGGGCAAAGUUAAUGGAGGGAAAUCCGAGCAAUCUUAAAAACAAUCGACGAUUACAGAUAGACAAUAGGUAACGAGAAAAAUUAGACUACGUUUGAACGUUAUCCAUGCCACUUGAGCUCAAAAUAUUUUAGAAAAAUAUAUAGGUCGAUCGCACCACCAGUAUAAGAAAUAGAUCUCUGUUUUGCCUAAUUUCGUUUGCUUGGGCAAAGAAGAAACGAAGAAACUCACGUUGCUCCUACGGUUUUUAACUUCAAAAACUCUGGAGUAAACUUGUAUCUGACGAAGCGGCCUGCAUUGGGAUCCUCGUCAUUGUCAAUGAUGUCUUCCUCAAUGUUUUCGGGCUUGGCUAUCUCAAACAGUACGUUCCCGGUUUCCAUAUCGCGGAUUUUAAAGCGAGUAAAAUCGAUGUGGUAAACAUUUGCACUGGGUUCACAGAGGUAAUCUGCAAAUGAGAGCAAGAACGAAUACAUGUAAAUACCUAGUUAACACACGAACGACGAUGAAGUUCUAAUCAUUUCCAGCGUUUAUUACUCUCCGGCAAUUAAUCAACGUUAGACCAAAUUCAUUGGAUCACUAAAGCUGCAAACCGAACAAAUUUGUCGUUGCAUGCACUUACUUUCUGUGCAUUUUCCUAACUUCAAAACGUCAUCCGGAGCGACUGAGUCCUUUUUCAGCAACUCUUCCUCUGUAAUUGUCUUCUUUGCCUUCGAUUGCCGGGCCAAGAAACCGCCACCUUUCUUCUUUGCUCGGCCAGUAUCGUCGUUCGAAUUGGACGAUCUUCCACUCAUAACUGUCCAGUUAAAACUACAAGAGUACUAAGCUGUAUGCUUACACUAAUUACACUGCGUGACCGAAAAGAACAGUUAUAAAAUAAAUUAGUUUCCCCAAAAGAGAAGACACGAUCAAACAUGGAGGUGUAAGAAAAUGCGCUUGUUAUGGCCAGCGGCAUAAAUAUGUUACCAUAGAAACGAAAACGCAACAAACGCGGAGAAAAAAGAAGUCCACAUCCGGUGUUUCAGCUGUUGUCACGUAAAACUUAAAGAUCUUUUCCUUUGUAAGGGUAGUACGUGGUGUAAGGUGCCAUACUAUUACCGAGAAAAAACAGAUUCUAGACAUCAAGAGACUGGUCCCUUGGCCCUUACGUACUAGUCAGUAGCAGGAGCCGAUUGUCAGUAGCCUAGCCACAAGCUGCUCGGCAACUUUUGAGCAUCUGUUUGGCAAAUUUUGAUGUUUGUGGCAACUUGAUUGGAUUUUAAGCAACUUAUGGCAAUUAAGAAGUUCUAUAAUACCGUUUAAGUCUUGUUAUGUAUGCUUGUAAGAAAAUUUCAGUUCUCAACCCUCCCCCCUCAGUUGCAGGACCCACCUUAUGAGGUCAGCGGUAUGCAAAUAAGAAUCGAAAAUAUUUCAGACAGUUCAGAAGAACAACUGAAUUUCCAUCUCGAUUUCUCUUCCUGGAAUGAAAACGCUUCUUUCAAAGCAGGAAAAUGCACUCGAGAAAACUGUUGAAAACCUAAAAUACUGUAAUGCUGCGUUAGAAUGAGAACCAAGGCGAGGGAGGGCAGCAUUUUUUCACACCCUCCCUCUUCCCGUCGCAUGUGGCUUGCGCUUCCUGCUCGCCAGUUCUGCAGCCGUUUUGUGCGCCCUAGGGAAGGAAGAUGCAAACCGGACUUCCUUCAUAUGGAAAUCGAGCCUACGUCAGUGCCCAUCCGCUUGUUGAGAUUUCCGGUGGUAGUCGCGGCGUAAGUCAUGGCAUUUUUGGUGUUAAGCGAGAAGAAUCAUGGGAAAGCUUCAGAAGCACAGAAGCAUGUCGGAAAUUCCCAUAACCCAUCGCGCCGCCACUACGGCUGAAUAGGGACCUUACGAUCCGACAUUGGCGACGUCCAUGAAAACGUCGCUGAAAAAUAGACUUGGCAUCCUUUCACUUUUUUUCGCGAUUAUUCCAAGGGGCCCAGUUACUUAAAAGAAGGGAAUUUAGUUUGGAGCUGAAGAGAAAGGACAGCGCCCGAGUUUUGACAGAGAUGGUAGAAUUUAUCGCCUUCCGGUCCCAUUCCCAAGUUAAUUUAAAAUUUGGUCAUUUCACGUCGUAGUUCUUGCAGGCACUGCAAAGAAAUGUACCAAAAAGCGUGAUGUACGAUCAGAGUUGUUGUUUUGCUCAUAAAACCUAUUUCUUUUUUGACGUUCCCGUUGCCGUCGUCGUUUCGUAAGGUCCCUAACAUCCCAGAAAGCGCCAGUGUACUAGGCAGCGAUAAGUGCAGACAAGAAUGAGAACUUGUCAGCAAACAAACUUGAACACUUACUUCAGGAGCCUGUUGGAAAGCUCCUCUCACCUCGAUCGCUAAGGACAAAAGGCAAGGGGGCUAGCAAGGAGCCUUAUGACCAAGACAUUAAUGAAUCUGAAUUUCCACAGGAAUUUAUUUAAAACGGGAACCGAAAGCUACUUACACAAAAAAAUGCUGAAUUACAUUUCACUGACACACAAAUGAAACUGUUUAGAAGUGAUACAACAGUUGGUAAAUAACUAAGCAAAACCACUGACUUGGAUAUCAGUGCCGGAUCCAGACCUUAGAGAUAAGGGGGGUGGGGGGGGGGACGGUCAUCCAGACCUUUAGAUAAAGCAGGGGGGCGGACUUUUCGGCCCUUCGGGCCUCAGUUUAGACUAAAAAUAAGGGGGGGGGGGGGGCGGGGCCCCCCCCCUGGAUCCGCCACUGGAUACAUCUACGGAAAAAACAGGAUAACUUUUGUCUUCCAAAGUAUCUUUGCAGAAAAAGAGGGGGAAUGAAAUAAUUUGCCGUCGGUCAGUUACUGCCCUAAUAAUACGCAUUGCUAAAAGCUCUUGACUUUUUACACGGUAAAAGAAAAUUUCAACAAAUUUACGUACAGUAAGUUUUACAACAAAUUUCAAAGCCGGGUUUAGCUCCAACCAAAAAUAAUAAGACAGUCAGAUAAGUGAAACAAAACCAUUAAAAAUCCGUCGGUUCAGUUUCGGUAGGUUAUGAAGUAGCACUUGGUUCGUUUGAGCACGAAAAUGAGCCAAGGCUGUUAUAAAAGCAUUUUUGGGGGGUUUAUUUUCGCAAAAAGUAAAUAUGAAAAAGGAAACUGACAAAUCCAUAACUGCUCGGUGUGAGGUAGUGGAAAGCAGAGUUAUCAAACUUGACUGCAAGAAUCCGACCAAAAAACCUUUAACUAACCAAGAAAUGUCAGCCAGCAAAUCACGUCCUACAAUGUCUUCAUAAGUUGUUCCGACACGGGUGACUUAUGUAUUCUUCUUAUCUACAAAGACUACGUGAUAAGUUCUUCAGGGUAGGCCAUGUUGUCACUAUGUACGCAAAGGCGUCGGAAAUACUGUUACGUUGCGUGACAAGGUAUUUGUGACACUCUCACGAUGCCACGCACUGUCGUUUUCUACCGUGAGUAGAAUUUAAGAUGGCGAUCAAGGCCAACUGAAGCAAUGAAUGAAGCAUGCUUGCCGAAUUUUACUCCAGUCACCACACCAGAGUGUUCUAUAGAAAGAAAACAGACAAGUUUCACCAUUAAAUAACUCAGAUUCAAAUGUAGCAAAGCAUUCCCAUGUACUUUAAUACUUGAAAGGAUUGGGUUUGGUAAAUGAAAAGUUUGACGUUUGAGCUGGGCCUAACAAGCAAAACAAAGCAAUAGUUUAUGAUAUUAAACUCUGGAAUUCCUCAUAUCUUUCAAAGUCCACUAGAUGCUUAGUCUACGUAGCAGGCGUCGAAAGGAGUAGGGGGUAGAGAGGAAUGGAAAAAGGGAGGGAGAUUCGCGCUUUUCUCCCUCCCCCUUCCCUUUCUGCGCCUACCACGCCGGCUACUAGUUGCUCUGUUUGUUUGUUUUGGCAAGAAUAUUAAUUUAGUUCAGCUCCUUAAAAAUAAAAGGAUUGGUCCGAAGACUAACAUUUUGGCAUUUCGUUUUGCUCAAAGCACAUGAGGUGAUAGUCAAUUACUACGGUACGAACUGAAGCAUAAAAUUCCUCCCACUUCUUCAAUGAAAGAUUUCAAACGUAAUAAACGCGCCACAUACCUGCAAAUGAGUUGAUCAUUUCCCACUGUUUAACCAAAUAUAUCCUGCAAAAACAAACAACAGGUCAACAACACUAAAUCUGAGGGUGUUUAUCUCCUAUACUUACAUUCUCCUAAACAGCCAUUAAAUCCUCGCAGGCUCAUGCCAACAGUAUUUUCUCAUACACAACGGGAUAAGAGCCAUUCCAACCCAACAACGUAACCUGACUUUUAAUAUCAAGACCACAAAUAAUUGCUAUUACGUUGCCAAAGAGCUACAAAAAAAUGGCUGACAAGAAAAUGUGAAUAGAUACCAUAUAAACGGAAUCUAUGACACUUUUUCAAAUGCUGAAACAAUCCAAAAUACACAUGAAAGGUGUGACAGCUCAGGCAAUGGCCGAUGGCAACAAAACAAACUAAACUUUGGAACACUAUGUGAUCCAAAGACCCCACGCAUACACUCAAACCUAUACUUUCUAGCUGUGUGCAAGAAAACAACUCCUGCUUCACUGGUUCCUCUUUCAGCUGAAAUUUUAAGUUUAAUCAUUAUGUUUAUUCCUGAAAGAAAAGAUCUAUGACUUACUGCACUUCAGACCCGCCAACAGCUAGAUAGGUACCACUCUGAUCAAAACUCAGUGUCUUAACCUACAAAGGAGAAAAUUUACAGCAUAGACGGUUAGCAUAAAAUGAGCACAGUGACUAGUUAAUACCAAAUGGAUAUUGGUACGUAGUCUCACAACGUCAGAGAAAAACAAGUUGGUUUACAUCAGUCUUACAACAUACCUCAAAUCUGUCCUCUAAUGUAAUGGUUUUGAAGUUCUUCAGUUUGCGCAAAUCCCAUAGUUUAACCACUGAAUCAUCAGCUGAAGUAGCCAAGUAGUAUCUUGUAGGAAUAGGAAAUAAUAAUAUAAAACAAUCCAAAAGUUCAGGCUGCACACAGUCAAAAAAUGACUUAGCACUAAAAUCAAUGUUUCUAGCCUGUAUAGCAGUCAUUUUCUUUACAUUUUAGCCAAGCAGGUGAAGUGCAGGAGAUAUGUGAGAAGGGAGAAAAUAAAAUUUAAUGUUUUGUUGCCCUUGCACGUCUCUCGUGCUUCUCCUGCUAAAAGGAGACUAAAAGGAAACAGAAACAACUUCUAAGGAGGCUUCAGUGUUUUCUCAACACUCACCCAUUUUCUGAGAAGGAAAUAUCUGUAAUGGGUCCUGAAUGUCCAGGAAACUUAGCGACAUUAGCACCUUCCUUGAGAUCCCAGAUCUUUAUCACGCUAGAACAUAAGCACAAAAUAAGUUAAUGACGUAGCAGACAAACAAUGGAAACAUUCUUGACCCCAGUGCUUACAAAUGGAAAUUUCCUUACUUUAUACAGAGUUCACAUUAAAUGGAAGUGCACUUUGCUGCUCUAGAUUGUUUCAGGCAUUCCACUUAAAUAAUUUGAAACAAAUACAGAACAAUCCUGAUUUCUUAAACCUUUCUUUUUUUAGGAAAUUCCGGAUAAUUUGAAUCAAACCAAACUUCCCUUAACCAGUCAAACACUGAGAUUUCAACCCCACUUUCUGAGAAUAAAACCAAUUUGCUUUUCCCAUGAUGAUUAGUAAAACUGGAUUCCACUGUAAGACAAAAAGAACAUAUAUAACAGGAAUACAACCCCCAACUGGCAGGAGGCAACCAGCUGUCUUAUAAUUUUACAAGUAUGGCCAUGGACUGGAAAUCAUAAUGACCAAGAAAUGCUGAAACAAUGGACUGUGUCUGAUAGGUGGGGCACCCAGCCACCUUUCCUCCUGCUGCCUCCUUCAUUUUCUCUCCAACUGACAGAAUAGAAUCCAGAAGUUUUCCAGAGAACAAAUGAAAAUUUUAGGUUCCACCACAUUGCCACUAUCACUGUCCCAGACUAGUGUUACUGGUCAAAAUUGAUUUCAGGUUACGGUAAUUUUGAUUUAACUUAGGUUGAUUCUUAAUUUCCUUUGUCCCCUAGCCCUGGCGGACAAAGGAAAUUGAGAGUCAUCCUGGGCUGAAAAAUUUUAACCUGGCCCAGUUGUUCAAAAGUUGAUAGCACUACCCAUUGGAUGAAUCACUAUCCAAAGGAUAAGUGUUAGGGAUACCAAUAAUAAUUUACACUAUCCAGUGGAUAGUGAUUUGUCCAGUGGAUAGCCUUAUCCACUUUUUGAACAACUGGGGCCUGAAAUCUAAUUUGACCCGUUACAUAUUGAAUACAAUAGUGCCAAGAGUAGCUAGAAAGGAGAAUAUUUUCAAGGAGUUUUUCAGACCCUGAAAAAUUGUUCUCGAACUUACAAGAGUUUUUCAGUAAUUCAGGGAGGAGUAUUUAAAAUAUAGUAUUCAUAGUAAGACACAAUUAUAUGGUUGUCAGAAGACGAAACAGACUUCACAAACCUGUCUGCUGUUCCAGUUCCAAAAAUAAGACCAUCAGGAUGAAAUUGGGCACAAGUAAGGCCUGCAAGUAUGGCAAAAAAGAAUUGGAGACUGGUUCAGAUUUAAUGUGAUUUAUUUGGUGUACUGCAGAGUUUUCAUUGUUGGCCAGUCUGGCUUCUUUAUUUUGAUAUUAGGGUGUUACGAUUUUCAUUUUUGCAAAAAAAUGUUCUGAAAUUUCCAGUUAUAAGCUAUUGCCUCAACUUCAUGAAGCAGGAAAAUGACUCAGGGUGGUCAGAAAGUUCUGAAGUAGAUGGCUGAGUGGUCAAAAUAAGCAGCCAGUCCAGGGAUAUCUAUUUUAAAAACACCAUACAUAAAGAAAUGCCAAGCAGAGUAGCCGGCCGAUACUAACCAAGUAGGCAGCGAGUUUCACCAGCAGCCGGCUACUUAUGACAACCCUGUGACUUUAGUAGAUAAGACUCAAAAGAACAUAUUUUCACUUGUACUGUGAACGUUUCACAGUUUAGAUACCAAGGCACAUGUUUGGUCAAGCAUUUAAGGAAAACAAAUUGUAAGGUCUAAUAUCGAUUUAUUAAUGAUGUAAGUAGCAACUUGCUGUCCUAACUGCUCUCAAUUGUCAGACUUUGGUUGAAACCACAGACAUUUUCCUGAAAUUACCAGUGAACGGAGAAAGCCGUAAAGUCUAGUGCAAAGCUUCAAAUCUCUGGCUAAUCUUAAUAAAAGUAGCACCUUCAUGCAUAGGUGAGAGUCGGGAACCUCAAAUAGUUUGGACCAUGGGUUGACCACCCUACAAGGAUACAGGAUACAACUUUAGCUUGAAGGUAGGAACACCCAAAUGGUAUUCUUCGUUUAAAUGUAAGGCAAUGGAUUAAAAUCCUGUCAGGGACUAAGAAUUUCUUCUUUGCCUUAUGCUUGUAGCAUGACAAGUAUUAAUGUCUUUCUCAUUUUUGAUAUUGAACAAAUGUCAGGACACAUUUUGUAUUUCUUGGUUACCUUGAUUGAUGUUAGGAUCUGAGAGACAUCUUGUGAGGACAUGUCCAGUUCUGAGAUCAGAGAAUGCCCAGUAUUGAUCACCAGAACAGCUAAGAAGGUAGUCACCUGACAAACCAAGUUAACAACAAAAUAUAUCAGCUUAUGGUGAGGAUAACAACUACAAAGAAAAAGAUCUACUGGUAGUAGUGAUGAGAUUCUGAUUUUGUUUUAUACUGCUACCGGUUCAAUAAACAUUCUUGCCAUAUAAGAAUGUAGAAAAUGAUAAGGGGUGUUAUGAUGUAAUUUCAUAUAAAAUUCUCCCUUUGUUUCAUAAGCAAACAGAACACAAUUUGGAAGGAAAAGACAGGUCAGUUGAACAUCUUGCAGGUGUACCGACUGAGGAUCUGGUGCAAGCAGACUUAUAAAAAUACAGAUUCAAAGACAGUAUUAGCAUUAAAGUAAGCAUUGUACUGAGAAUUAAGUUACCUGUUGCAUGAAGACUAAGACCAGUAACUGCUUGAUCAUGUGCCUGAAAAACAAGAGUAAAGAGAAAAGAGGUGUUUAAGGUAGAAGGAAAACUUUGCACCUGGUCAUUGUAAAGAGUUAAGACUGACAAAAGGAAAAAAAGUAAAAACUUUUCAACAUUCAAACCUUUAUAAUGUGAGAGCAAGAUGCUUGUGGAAUGGACCACACUCGAAUGGUCGCAUCUGCUGAUCCCGUGAAUCCAAGGUCCUGAAAAGUAGCAUUCAAACAAUUCACUUAUGAAAAUAAGGUCAUUUUCCUGAUCGACUAACUCAAACUAGCUGUGUGGAAAUACAUUUACCAUGACAAGUAACAUGGUUACCUAUAGACCAGAGGUCUUCAGUACUGUUAUAAAAAAACUUAACAUGGUGAUUGUCUUUUUAAAGGCUUAAUUCUUUGCCUCCAAUUUAGUCUUGAUGCCAAUAAAGGGUCUAUAUAUGAGGUAAAAUGAUGAGGCUAAAAUUUGAUGUGGUGGAGCAUCUUACAAUUUACAAAUAAAUCAAAUUGAUUAUUAAAAGGGAACCAUUUUAAUUAAUGAUGGUAAUGAUAAGUAUACCUCAUGUGGGUGAUAUAAAACAUUUGUAACUUUCUUGGAGUGUCCUUUGAGAGUUGCAAUAACCUAGAUUACAAAACAAUCAAAUUAAUCAAUCUUUCUUGUGCAAGAAAGAGCAAAUACAGUGUCUAUGAACUUCAAACAUUUUGCAUGGCAAAGCAACAACAAAGUAAAAAAUGAAAAAACUUUGUUACCCAGUAUAUAAUCUAAAUACAGCUUUUACCUGUUCUGUGUCACGGUAAAAUACCACAGCAUUUUUGUCAAGGCCACCUAAGGAAAAGGACAAUCAAAUGUUAUAAACCACUUAAAUAGAACAUGCACUCCACUAAUGUAAUAAUUUUUGACACCUUAUGUACAACCUCUACGUGGACAUCCCCAGUAAGUAACUUCCCUUAAGUGGAAACCUCUCCUAAGUAUUAUAUACCAGUAAUGUUGAGCUCCGUGGCAAUGUGAAACAGAUGAUACGAUAGAAAAUUAACUCUGCAGAGAUAAUGUACCCUUCCUAUUCUUUCCUUGCUGCUUUUCACCACCUUAAAUUACCCAGAACAUUCAUUUACAUCAUAAAAGUGUCAUAACAAUCAUUUAAAAUAAAUUUGUACAAUUAUUAACAAACCUGUGAUAACUCUGGACGUAUCUGCAGCGAACAAAUCCAACGCCAAGAUUCCAGGAUUACUUGCACUGUGAAGACCCUAAAUUUUGAAAAGCAAUUUAAAUUCCUCUAACUAAUGCUGAUAGUAGCUCAACACAUAACAAGAAAAAUCAAUUUUAUUGUAAGAAGCAGAAGACAUUAAACCCUUUUAGUCCCAAUACUGAUAAUUGCCAAAUUUCUCCUUGUAAUAAAAUUGCUUAAUCAAUCAGGGAGGUAAUGAGAAUUAAGGAUAUGAUCACCCAGUAUCAAUUCUCAGGAUAACUGGACACAUUUGUCCCAUUACUACUGUAAGCAGAUGAGACAAGAAAGGGGAAAAUUUAUUUUAAUAUUUGGUGCUGUAGGGUUUAAUGUGCUAAAAUUGCUGAGUGAUUUAUCAGCAAUGUUUGGAUUGGCAGGAUUUUGUUUUUAACUUACUGCAUGUGAGGAGAUGGGUUUGUAAGAUCUUAUCUCAUCCACUGUACUCAAGUCCUCUGGAACCUUCUUGCCUCUCUACAAGGAAACAACAUUCAAACACAUUUCAUAAGAGGUUCUGUUAAGAUCUUGAACUCAUGGCUAUGAUGCUACAUUUCUCGAAUUUCCGUUUUUCAUAAUUAAAAACUCUGUUUCCUAGCUAUCAAAGCAGACCACUUAGAUGGGUACUUGUCUGGUUGCAAACAAGUAAACAGGAUAAACUUGUAAGUCAUUAUUGAUAUUUGGCUGUCACUGAAGUUUUUAAGUAGGCCAAGUUGAGUGUUUUCGCCAACUAGCUUGGGCUUACAUUUCUAAUAUCUUCACAAAAUCCAACCCCAUCAAGACAGCCCAGUGUGGAGCCUUCUUUCCAUGAUUUGUAAACUACAGAAAAGAUUUUAAAGCCAACCUCAACCAACGCACCACCUAAACUGAUUUCUUGUCAAGGUUGUGCUCUAGCAGUGCCCAAUGGCCUCUGGGGUCUAACUUUUGCUCCAGGGCAAACAGAAAAUCUUAGGUUCUUCAUAAACAUCAUAUACUGGCAGCCUAAAUUUUACAGGUUCAAAGUACCAGGCUCCUGUCAGUUUUUCUUAGAACACAGCCUUGAUUGGUUAAGAAACCGUGGUCAUCCAUUCAUGGUGGGGUUGGGGGAAGGAAACAGUCACUCUGAAGGUAAUAUUUCCCACCUGCUUACAUGAAACUGUCAGUGGAGACAGUGAUUGUAAGCCAUUAUUUCUCGCAUCCAUAGGAUACCAGAUUUUCUUACCAAGAGGGAUUCACACAAGCAUGACGCAGGGCAAAGCUCUUUUAUUUCCUCUCAAUGUGGCACUUACCUUCUUACGUUCAGCAGUGAGGAGAGUAGCCUUAUCUUGCAGCUGUAGAAAUGAAAAAAAAAACCAGCAACAACAGCUUAGUAUUACUUUGUAUAUAACAAGAGAAGAAUGACAAAAAAAAUGGAGACAAAAUUAACAUCCAAAAGAAAACGACCUUAGCUAAAAUAUUCUAAAGAAAUAUGUCAAGCAAACAUACCUUCUGUAAAACUUCCUCUGUCAUUCCCUCUUCUUCUCCAGGCUAAAAAAGAGUGACAAGAAUAAUUAUGACCGCAAUCUUAAGACACCGAACACUAUUUGUGAAAACGCUUUAAAAACUAGAGAGCAAAAAUCAUGAAGACAGUAAAGAAAGUUAUAAACCUCUUUUAAGAAGAGAAGGUCUAAAGAUUCUUUGUAAAAAAAAGACAUGUACAUGUACCUGUCCAGCAACCUCCAUUGCCUCUUCCAUCUACAAAAAAGCCAAGAAAUCCAACUAGUUAAUAACUUGGAAACCAAGCUUCAUGGCUAAAGUCUAACCAUAGAAAAAUGUCACUCUGUUUCUCUCUUGUAACUUCAAAGCUCCGUUCUCUUCUAUUUAGCUCCAGCCUAAGUUCCUUUAUAUUGAGUUCCCAGUCUAGGGUAUACCAAAAUUAUAAUAGCUUAAUAUAGAAGUGAAAUCACUGAAUCAAACUCAUGAGAGUUGAAAGUUGACAACCAUAAACUCUUUUGGUGUGCAUAUAUCAAAAUCUUGUUUGAAAUAACACUGCUGAGCACAUAAUGACUAAUUUGCGCAGUCACAAAAUAUGAAUGGAGGUGAUAAUAAUCAUUUUGUUAUGAAAUUCAAAAACUGAAAACAUGAACAUAUAUAUAUAUUUGUAAUAAGCCCACCGUCUAGCAAGAGCAGAGGGCCCCCAGAGGGCUGAAUAGAGGAUCAAAAUACUGUCAGUAUAACCAUAAAAUAUACAGUAGAAUUUCCAUGGCUAAAACUUUUCAGUACCUUCCGAGGAGCAACAUAUUCAAACAGCUUGCACUGCUUUACUUGACUGUUCAAGUUAAUGCUUGAUACAAAGUUUUCUGUUAGUAGUAGGAUGAUUUAGCAGCAAAACAGGAACGUCAGUUGACGACCGCGAGCACAAAUCAAACAACUGACUUGACCAAUGACAGAGCAGCAAAUUGGGCACCUGAAGUCGUGUUUAGUCCUUUCCGCGCUCUUUCCCCUCGUCAACUGGCCUUCCUGUUCUGUUGCUAAAUCAGCCUAGUAAGUUAGCGCUUCCUACCUGUACUGGUGUAGCUGCGGGAACACUGACAGCCAUACCUGCCUGGGGUUUGAGUGUGGCCAAAGCUGGUGUUAAAGAAAAACUUUAUUCAGUUUUGAUAUUAAUCUUCAUUGAUGCAUCAAUUGGCUACAUUCAGACUAAAUGAGCAGCAAACUGGUUUGACUUAUCACUGCAAAAACUCUAGGGAUUGCUUGGAGGGACAGGGUCAUUCUGAGUGAAGAUGACAUACCUGGUGAUCAGAGUCUUUAGGAAUUCUGUAAUAGUGAAGAAAAGUUGCAUUUCUGAAUCUGUUAUCUCAUUUUGGAAUACAGCAGUUGUAGUGCAUCAUGUUUGUUGACCUUCAUGCUGCACCUCCAAACCAUGCAUCCCAAGAAACUUUGCAGUUGCACAUCAUACCCAGUUUUUCACUCAUUUAGAACAUGGUGAAUACUAUCUGAAUUUAAAUAACAUUAUUAGUAAAGGUAAAGUACCUUCACGGGCAGCAGUAACUUCCUUAGUCAAACGAGCAAUAACACGACAAGCAGCAUCAUGCUGGUACAGUGCGUGAGACAACUCUGAAACAAGGAGAGCAAUUGCACAAUUAGGUACAAUUAGCCAAAUGUAGAUUACAGUUGAAGCUCUCGUAAGUGACCACCUCGGAAAUUUGAAAACCUGGUCGUACCUAGAGCUGGUUGCCUACGACAAUGAGCUCUGAUAAGCAACCGCAGGGUAAACAAUAGAGGGUGGUCGCUUACGAAAGCUUCAAAAACUCAUAAAUAAUUCAUAAAGGAAAACAAAGGAAAUUUAAGUUUAAUGAGUGUCUUUACAUCUGACAUAGACAUGGCUAAAAAAUACGUGCAAUUGGUCGCUAGGGAAAUGACCUUGAACUUUCACAAAUACAAUACUGAACUGUGCAAGAUCUUUAUCAAUGAACCUUUAGCGCAGUGCGCAGUUUCAUUAACAUGGCAAUUUAUGAAUAAGACUCUGAGUGGUCAUGCACUUACAAGAGCUUAAAAACAACGGAAAAGUCCAGUUGUGUAAUUCCAAAAGUGGUCGCGGUCCCUAACAGGAGCGGUCACUUAAGAGAGCUUUCAUUACACAGUUGGAGUCACAGUUCAAAUGGGGUUUCACAAAGGUGGUUGUAACUAGAGCUGGUCACUUACAAGAGUGAUCGCAAGGAGAACUUCGACUGUAUUGUACUUUUAGAAAUUUAAUUUCAUUUACCGUAGAAUUCCGAAAAUAAGCCCCUCCAUGUAUAAGCCCCUCAUAUAAGCCCCCCAAACUCAUAACGCAAAAAUCCCUCUGUUUAAUCACCCCUCUGAAUAUAAGCACCCCGGGGCUUGUACUUGGAAAUUGCCCUCAAAUACAGAGUAAAACAAAGCAAAAAAGGUAAAUUUCCUUCCAACUAUGGGCUAGCCCAAUCAAUUUUGAAAUGCAAAAUUUCCCUCCGUACAUAAGCCCCUCCAAAAAUAAGCC